AUGCGGCGGGCUGCGCGCACGCGUAACGCUUCUUCUCUCUCCCGCGCAGCCACCCGGCUGGAGGAAGUAGCUGGAAUCCGGGCGAAGUUCCCCACAAAAAUCCCGGUGAUUGUUGAGAGAUACCAUAAAGAGAAAUACCUUCCUCUCUUGGACAAAACCAAGUUUCUUGUCCCCGAGGAGCUGACCAUGACACAGUUCAUCACUAUCAUCAGAAGCAGGAUGGCUCUAACUGCUACACAGGCUUUCUACCUGCUGGUGAACAACAAAAGCCUAGCGAGCAUGUCCUUGACAAUGGCAGAAGUGUACAGGGACUACAAAGAUGAAGAUGGUUUUGUGUAUAUGACAUAUGCUUCCCAGGAGAUGUUUGGAUGCUUUUUACCUCCUGCUCAAGUCAAAACUAUGGAAUGCCUUCAAGCAACUUAA